AUGGCCGGUGUCAAGCGAAAGCUGGACGAGGAGCAUGCCUCAAUCGGCGCUUCCCAACCGCCUGACUCGUCCAGCCCAGCAGAGGCCACCGAGCCCGCGCAAGUCGUGUCUGGCUCUUUUUCUUCUCCGCCGUCUGCUCUUCCCAAGGAGGAAACAGACACGGGCGACACAUCAACUCGUGGCCCUGGUCCGGUCACGGAGCCCCCGGCCACCGCCACCACUCAGCCUGGGACUCCCGCCAGAAAGAGACGAAGGACCAGAGAGGAAAUUUUACUAGCGGAUCAAUUUUCCAGACGCCAGCAUCCUCGCUCAACGCGACAGUCCGCAAGGAUCCUCUCAAAACGUCGAGCCACAGAUCCAUCGCCGAAUGUUGGUUCGCCGGCAGACCACUUGCCCAAAGCGUCGUCCAUGGAACCUGCCAUUCCUCCAGUGGCAGCCUUCUCGACUUCCCACCCGUCGUGGCCAGCAGAGCCAGCUAUUCCAGAGCUUGCCCCGACUCCUGAGCGGCCUCAUCAUUCAUCCGACAAUAUUACUGUCCAGCGGGCCACCAGUGCGGAGCCCAACUCGGACGGUAACCACAGACCCGGGGACGCAGGAACAUCAGACUCUCCCGCGAAAAGCCUUAAAGAGGAACAGUCCGAUGAAAGCCAAGCCCGUGCCUUUACGUCUCAAAGGAGCGACGAAACCCCCGCCACCACGGUCGAGCCUCAUAGGUCCAUACCAACUCUGACACUGUCGACAGAUAUCCCCUCAUUUCAGUCCACAGAUACUGAUACUCCUAUUGGAGCAGAAGUCCCAAUCUCCGCCACAUCCCUGUCUCCUGUUGCAACUCAGUCCGAGGCAGCAGAGCUGUCUGCUAGCACGGUCCCCGUCACCAACGGUAGAGGCCGUGGCGGCGGCAGGCCUCGUGGUAAAGGCAAAGGACGAAAGUUGGGUCCAGGCCGCAAGGCUGCUGGUGCUGUCACUGGCGCUGGAAAAAACGGCCCCAAACUGCAUCUAUAUGACAGAAAUCUGUCGCCGUCAGCAACCGCUGCUGUCAAGAAGCUCAGAGACCGGCAGAAGGAAUUGCAUCAUGCGUUCCGCAGAGUAGCUUCGGCCCAGCGAGCUGCUCUUGUCGUCCUCGCGAGUCGCUCGGAGGCUCGCCUGGUCAAAGACCCGAGGGCACAUUUAGAUACUCCGCUGUAUCAAGAAGUGAUCGAUGGUCUAGAAGAAAGGCUGGAAACGAGAAAGGGCCUAAUUGAUAGAGAGUAUGAGCUUAGGAUUGAAAGUGCCACAAAGGCCUUGGAGGCGAACCAGCACUGGAUCAAGUCCGCGUUCAGGGAAAAGGUAGAGUCGGUCAGAGACGAGCACAUUCUCGCUGCGCAAGGAACCUUCCUGCGAUAUCUGGACCAAUGUCGCCAGGCUGGUGAUGAAGACCACACGGAGAGUGAAGAAUCCGAUGUCGAAAAUUCCAAGACCAACCGUCGCGCUCCGCACCAACCCGUCCGCGGCUUCGAUAGCACUUACAUCCGAAACCCCCACGGAGCCGCGCUCUACGAGCGUGCCGAUAGCGGCUGGGAUGACUUUGUCCAGAGAGCCCGGAUCGGAGGCGAUAUCUUUGCGCUGCUUAAAGACAUCAACGAGGAAGCUAAACGGGACAAAGAGGAGAAGAAGCGGCAGCGCGAGGAAGCCAAGAAGAAGAACAAGGAGGCUGUGGCCCAGGACGGCGGUAUUACUGAGGACGAAAGCGAUGAGGAAAGUCCCCGGCCUCGUUUCAGCGACCCAAGGUUCCAGCGCCUCAUGUCCGCGCUCGCCGAUGCCUGUGAACUCGCAGAAGGCCGGGGGGCAAGCAUUGAAGAAGAAAAUAUGGACAAAGCUCCGAAGGAACCCCUAAAUGCGUUGAAUGCCCUUGCGGAGAUCGCUCUGGGUAACCCUGCCGAGUCGUCGAGUGCGGACGCUGGCCAGCAACCAGCUGUGGUGCAACCGCCUUUUGCGGGUGCGUCGUCUGGCCUUGCCCCGGCCCCUGUCCAUCCUCCCAGUACCAGUGCUAUGGAGCGGAUGCCUGAGCUGCCACCGCAUUCAUAUCCGCCGCCGCCACAGUACCUGGAACAAUCAGCAUCGCGAGGGAUGCAUCGGACCAUCCUGCCGCAACCCUUGCCAUCACAGCUCCUUCCGCUCCCUAUGGAGCAUCAGCAGUUCUAUCCGCCUCAAUACCAGGCUCCGCCUCCGCCCCCGCAGCAGCCCGCUCCCGGCCCUCCAAGGUCAUACCCCGGUAUGCCACGCCCACUCCUCCCCGCAACAAGACCGGCACCACCAGGACUUCCACCGAUUCGCGAAAAGUUAAGCGAGCAAUUACGGCUCCCAGAUCCAUUUUCCUCCGCUCCGCAACACCUCCCCGCUCCUCCCGGACUGCGAUAUCCAGGCGGACUCGGUCCUCACCACCCUCACCAACCCCUUCAGCCUCCACCACCGCACCAAGCACCCCGUCCCUACGGCCCUCCCCACCCACCGCAAUACAUGCCCGGACCACCGGUCGGCUACCCGCAUCCUCCUUCCCUCCCGCCACCGGGACCGCCCUACCAUCAACACCACAUGUAUCCGGCACCGUACUAUUCGCCGUACCAUCAGCAGCAUGCUCCCCCACCCCCGAGACCGCAUCAGGGUUUACCACCACCAGUGCACCCGCCACAGCACCCACAGCAGGCUCCGCAUGCACAGCAUGGGUUGCAUCAGGGUCCGCCGCCGCGGUAUUAA